AUGGCGCUGAGCCUUGAGGGUGGAGCUAUGGGAGAUCUUGCGCCUACCAGGUCGCCUCCCCCUGUACCAUCUAUGAGCUCUAUUACCAGGGUUGAGGCUCCCCAAGCUCUCAACGAUGAUACUGCUGCUACUGCCUCCGUCCCUCUAUCACCGCCACCUGUGCCAUCUCCUAUCUCUCCCACCACACCCAUUUCAACCAACACGCCUCCUUCUCCUUCUCGACCCUCCAGUCUUCAAAUAGAAUCAUUCAAUCGUGCCCCAAAGCAGACAUCAAUUACCUCCACAGAGCUCCCUACCUCUCCCAUGAGGUUAAUUCAUCGCGUCGAAAGUGAAGCAAGAAGGGAUUCCAGUCUUGCCACAUCUAGAAGGGACAGCAGAACAACAGUGGCCACAGAAGAACUCUCUUCACCAAGCCUGAAGUCGCCUCCUAGCAUUCCAAGUAUUAUCAUCGACGAGGAACAUGCUCGUCCUAGCUCCCGACUAUCAGAACGAAAAUGGAGUCCGCUAAAGAAAAACAAGCCAGACCCUCCUCCUGCCGUCCCACCCCUUCCAAUUAUCGAACCUAUUCCGUUUCGUGGUAUUACUUUGGACAUCCCAACUGGCUCCUUUGGAGACUUGACUUCGGAAUCCUUGGAAUCAAUUUCUGAAGGUCCGCAAAAGAGUGUUGAUAGGCCUGGAGAAACUUCUGAAAGUCGGCCAAGAGAAGUUAUAGAUAACGAAGAGAGCAUUAUGAGUGAUGGGAGUAAUAAUAAUAAUAACAACAACAACAACAACAACAACAACAACAUCAAUGACAAUGAUAAUAAUGAUAAUAAUAAUACGCUAGACAGCAAAUCAACGACUCCCAAAUCACUGAAUUCGAGGCGUAUCAGAUCUAACAAUUCUCUACGCCCUCGGCCAUCUAGCUCUGCAGCUCGAGCUCUUUCGACUGACGAGGAAAUCCUAUCGCAACGGGUCCGUUUGAUGUAUGAGAAGGGAGAUGAGGCUAUUGACGAGGCAGAGGUUAACAAGCUUUUGGGUCUUAAUAAUGAGGAAGAUAUAUUGGAUGGCCCAUCACUUGAAGGCGAAAAUACGUAUAUGUGCGAAACUAAACGGGCUAACACUCCAGCUACAUCAGUUGUUGGGCACAGCUCGAGAAGGAGUAGUUUUAUCCCAAGAGAACCACAUGAGCUUGCUGGAGGUUUGGAGGAUUGGGAGAAUAUUCAAGUCGGCGAAGUUGACAGAUAUGGGUUUAUUAUACCCCGAAAAGAAACCGGAAAUAGUCCAGACAUGCGUUCACCUAUGCGGCGGGUCUCGGCAAGUUUAUUGUUUGCGUCCUCAACUCCACGUAAGAAACGUACGCUACAAAGGGCACCUUCUGCCGCAGCAAGCUCCCGAUCCUUCGCAGGACGGUCUCCUCCUCGAAAAUCAGCAGAUCAAUCGCGCCCUUCUUCCUCUCAAAGUUCCUAUCAUCCAGGUCUUCAUAGGUCCUCCUCCAAAAUACGAUAUGCUACCAACAAGUUACCCCAUAAUAGAAAUCGAAAGUUUGUGGAUGAAGCAAGAGACAUGUUAACUCUCCCCGGUCAAGCCGUUGAUGAUGACGAUGACGGCCCCCGUGCCCUUGCAAGGAAGAAAAAGGAAUGGGAAAGAGAAGAUAAGUGGAGAAAGAUGGCCAAAGUAGUAUCUAAAUCACACGAUGGUUCUGGCAUGACUUUCGAAUUCGAUGUGAAGAGCUCGAAACUUACCGAGCGUACCUGGAAAGGGAUUCCCGACAGAUGGCGAGCUACAGCCUGGUACGCGUUUUUAAGUGCUAGUGCAAAGAAAAGAAAAGAGAGUCCGUCAGAUACAGAGCUCAUUCAGAAGUUCAAUGAUCUCCAAGAGGAAGGCUCCCCCGAUGAUGUUCAGAUUGAUAUUGAUGUUCCCAGGACCAUUAACAGUCAUAUCAUGUUCCGUCGCCGGUAUAGAGGCGGCCAGAGGCUUCUCUUCCGAGUCCUCCAUGCGAUGUCCCUCUACUUUCCUGACACUGGAUAUGUCCAGGGUAUGGCUGCGCUGGCUGCGACGCUUCUCGCAUACUACGAUGAAGAGCAUGCUUUCGUCAUGCUUGUGAGGUUGUGGCAGCUUAGAGGCUUGGAUCGGUUGUACAGAUCCGGUUUCUCGGGUCUGAUGGAAGCUCUGGAUAAUUUUGAAAAGGGAUGGCUUGAUGGCGGUGAAGUAGCUCAGAAGCUGACUGAACUCGGCAUUCCCCCAACUGCCUACGGAACCCGAUGGUACCUAACUCUAUUCAACUACUCAAUUCCAUUCCCCGCCCAGCUCCGCGUCUGGGACGUCUUCAUGCUCCUAGGAGACUCAGACGAACCACCAGCACCCACGGAUUUACCCUCGCCUCUACCCUCAACAAGUUCCCUCACACCAAAUGGUAAUACCUCCGAUGACCAAUCAUCCCCCAAGCAACCGACCGCUAGCCCCUUCGGCAAAAGCCUUGAUGUCCUCCACGCUGCCUCCGCCGCCCUCAUCGAUGGUAUGCGGGAUAUCAUCCUGGAAUCAGACUUUGAGAACGCAAUGAAGGUUUUGACCAGCUGGGUGCCGAUUAAUGAUGUGGAGAUUUUCAUGCGGGUUGCUAGGGCGGAGUAUAAAGUUCAUCGAAAGAAAGGUUGA